AUGUUCUUGUCAAUGAGCUUGACAACACGUGAACACGUGGCCCUCACCGGUUUCGACGGCGUGACAACCAUGACGAUCGGUACUAUCAAGAUGGCAGUAUGUGCCGGCGGAAUAACCAAGAUCGUUAAGUUCGUGGUCAUUGACAAAUCAUGGGGACGCCCUGGCUCUUCUCUCUCCGAGCGGUGUCAUCGACCUAUCAUCAGUGCAUCAAAUUCCAGACCCCAACAGGAGUCUACACAAUCCGAGGAUGCCAGAGGGUUACACGCUUGUGCUUCAUCACCGAGCAGAAACUGCGACGGGUAUCCUGUCGCAUCGUUAACUUAA